UAAAAGUCCCAGGCCUAAUCGAAGCACAUGAAUGCAUUAAUUAACAGAAUUAACUACAUGAAUCAUAAAAAAUGUUACCCAAAAUAAUAAAAGAAAUAACCUUUAGUUACUUUUUUUUAUCAUAUUGUGAAUGGUGUUACCCAUUUUUUGUUUACAAAACCCAUUUUACAAUGGGAAAAAUGUUAAACAAAUCCUUGGCUUUUUCAUUUGGACCAUUAUAAUCCCCAGCUUUCGGAAAGACCUGAAAAACAAUAAAUUUUUCUUUGACUUUAAAAAACCCAGCUAACUUUUCUUUGACUGGAUCAAAUUAGACCCGACGUUAAUUAGACUAACGGAACAUGUUAACCCUGUUAAUUUGCACAGUUAGCCAAUACGACAACGUUUUAUCUUAAACUUCAAAAUAAGAUCCGAAACCCUAAUAUCAUUUUCCCCCAAAUCGAUUUGGGGAUUUUCUUGACACACCAACCCUAAAAAUUGCGAUUACAACUCAAAAUCCUCCAAUCUCACACGAUUGACUUCCCUUAGCACGAAGAUGAGUUCGGAUUCGACAGCUGAGAGUUCAACCGUGAACACAUACGGUAUUCGGGGGUUUCCGGCGAGCUGUGUUUGCGGGACUAAGACAACAAUCUACACGUCUGAGACUAACAAGAAUCCGGGGAGACCUUUCUUCAGAUGUCUUACGAGAAGAAAGAACCACUUGUUUAAAUGGGUUGAGGAGGCUGUUUAUGAAGAGGUUCAAGAUGCCUUACCAAAGAUUGUACUGCUUGAAGCUGAGCUUAACAAAGAAAAAUCUGAUAUUGAGGAUUUGAAAGGCGUGGUCACUGAGUUGAUGGAAGAGGUUGUAAAAGGCAAAACAGAGGUGAAGAGGUGUAAGGUGAUGAUGACGAUCUUGUUUGUGAUCAUGUGCGUGAUCAUCAUUGUUCUACUAGUUAGUUUGAUGUAGAAUUAAGUUAGUUAUUUGCUUGAGGUGAAGAACUAAAUUGUUGGUGUUUGUGUCUUGUUGUAUUUACUUGAUUAAGUGACAAUUUUAAUGUUUGGUCUUGACUAUGUUUGGGGCUUAAUUCAGUGACUAUUAUGUUGGUUUCAUUGACUAUGUUGUUGUUUGAAGUAAUGAACUAAGUUGUUGUUGUUGUUGUUGUUUGA